AUGGCAUCUCGAAAUCCACUAUCUGUGAUACUUGAUCAAAAUAAAUUGACUGGACCUAACUAUUCUGACUGGCUAAGAAAUUUAAAGAUUGUUCUGGUAUCUAAAAAGAUUACAUAUACAUUGGAUAAGGCAUCUCCAAAAGAGGCUCCUGUUAAUGCCACCCCUGAUGAGAUGGAAAAGCUUGAAAAAUGGUCGGACCAUAAUCUUCAAGCAAGAUGUUAUAUGUUGGCUUCAAUGUCAAAUGAACUACAAAGACGGUUUGAGGAGACUGUGGAGGCUAAAGAUAUUCACAUACGCCUACAAGAGUUGUAUGGUGCAUAG